UUUUUUUUUUAUUAUUAUUUAUUUAUGGAAACAUUACCGUUUGAAGUUGCAAUCAAAGUAGUGAGCUUUUUGUCUAUUAAAGACCUAAAGAAAAUUGCUGUUAUCAACCGGUAUUGGAAUAUUCUCGCCAAUGUUAGACUGUAUAAACAUUUGAUCAUAAAGACAGAAAAACAAUUGAAUCUGUUUAUUCAAUGGGCUUCGCAAAGAACACAGUCUUAUGUUCAAUGCUUGGAUCUUACACAUGUCCAUGGAUACGUCACAGAUCGCACAUUGGAUACUUUGAUGUAUGCAACCAAUAUUCGGCAACUCAACUUGGCUAAAUGCACUCGAUUGUCACCAGAGUCUAUCUUGCCAUUGAUAAAAAACAAUGUUUCUUGGUUACAUACACUCAUUUUAACAGACUGUACACUAUCAAACGAAGUGAUUCAGUGGAUUGGUGAAGCAAGUCGCCAGCAAUUGAAAUGUUUAAACUUGAGCAAUACAAUGAUCAAGCCUUGUUUGGCUUUUGAUACUUCAAAUCAUUUAGAUAACAUGUUUCACAGCACAAAUGUAUGGGUUGCCCAAUUACGUUAUUUGGAUCUUUCUUAUUGUGCUUGGGUCAAUGAAAAGACUGUCGAGAAUAUCGCUCAUGGCUUGCCUUACUUGGAACAUAUUAUACUGCAAUGGUGCAAUCAGAUAAAAGUAAAUUCGGUGCACAAUUUGGUACAGCAACUCACUUUUCUGAAUACGAUUGAUAUUCGCCAUAUCGAUACAGUCAGUACAGAAGAACAAGCUUCUCAUGUCAUGGAAUACGCUGCUUCUCUGAAAAAGAUUUUGUUUACUUACAAGACUAAUUCAACCGAGAUUGUAUCAUUAAAAUAAAAGUGUUCCACUACUAAGAAUUUAAUUUGGGUGAUUUUUGAGCGGGCCAUCAAUCAUCCUGACAUACAGUGGAAUAAUG